UAACGUUAGACUGACUCUGGAUCCGUCUGGUCGCUCCGCUAACGUUAGACUGACUCUGGAUCCGUCUGGUCUCUGGAUCCGUCCGGUCGCUCCGCUAACGUCAGUACGUUAGUGAGUUCUUUACUCUGCUCUCAACCGACGAACCAGCUGCUGUCCUCUCGCUGUCUCUGUCUCUGGGUGUCUCUUAACUCCCGUGUCCGGAUCCCUGCGUUGACAGCCAGUCUCCUUCCGUCCUAGUGUCUCUAUUCUGUGUCUUUUGUGUCAGCUAAUGUCAACCUGAGGCUAAACCAGUUAGCUUAGCCUGCUAGCUGGCUAGUUAGCUUAGCCUGCUAGCUAGUUAGCUUAGCAUGCUAGUUAGCUUAGCUUAGCUUAGCUUAGCUUUACUAAACCCUUUAAAAACACGUUGACACUGACGGACGCCAGAGGCUCCGGCUUGUUCCUGACAAGCCACAUUAAAGCUUAACCAGCAGACCUCGGUGGUGGUGGUGGUGUAGCCGUGAUGUCCGGCCAGUCGUCGGGCUGUGGAGGCUUCCUGAUGUCGGUGGUGGUGCACGGAGACUCGGCUCUGAACGAGCAGGAGAAGGAGCUCAACCUGCGGCUCCGGAGGCUCUAUCCGGCCGUCAACGAGACGGAGAGUCCGCUGCCUCGCUCCUGGAGCCCGAAGGACAAGUUCAGCUACAUCGGGCUCUCUCAGAACAACCUGCGUGUUCACUAUAAAGGUCACGGCAAAACCCCUAAAGAUGCAGCGUCUGUACGGGCCACCCACCCCAUCCCAGCAGCCUGUGGAGUCUACUACUUCGAGGUGAAGAUCAUCAGCAAAGGCCGAGAUGGGUACAUGGGCAUCGGCCUCUCCGCUCAGGGUGUAAACAUGAACAGACUCCCUGGUUGGGACAAGCAUUCAUACGGUUACCACGGAGAUGACGGGCACUCCUUCUGCUCGUCCGGCACCGGGCAACCCUACGGACCCACGUUUACGACAGGCGACGUGAUCGGCUGCUGCGUUAACCUCAUCAACAACACCUGCUUCUACACAAAGAACGGCCACAGCCUAGGCAUUGCCUUCACAGACCUACCACCCAACUUGUACCCGACCGUGGGCCUUCAGACUCCAGGGGAGGUGGUGGACGCAAACUUCGGCCAGCACCCCUUCGUGUUCGACAUCGAGGACUACAUGCGCGAGUGGAGGACGAAGAUCCAGGCCCAGAUCGACCGCUUCCCCAUCGGAGAGCGCGAGGGCGAGUGGCAGUCCAUGAUCCAGAAGAUGGUGGCUUCCUACCUGGUGCACCACAGUUAUUGUGCCACGGCUGAAGCCUUUGCCAAAUCCACAGACCAGGCCGUGCACGAGGAGCUGGCCUCCAUCAAAAACCGACAGAAAAUCCAGAAGCUGGUGUUGUCAGGUAGAAUGGGCGAGGCCAUCGAGACCACCCAGCAGCUCUACCCCAACCUCCUGGAGAGGAACCCAGACCUCCUCUUCAUGCUCAAGGUGAGACAGUUCAUAGAGAUGGUGAAUGGGACGGACAGUGAGGUGAGGUGUCUUGGAGGUCGCAGCCCAAAGUCUCAGGACAGUUACCCCGGCUCCCCCCGGCCCUUCAGCAGCCCCAGCCACAAAGCCAGCAGCUCCCAGCCCUACCUCCCAGGGUUCGAUAGUAACUGCUGUAAUGGUGUGACGUCCAAUAAGAGCCACAGCUCCUCCCCUCACAGUCACAAGCCCUGCCCCCCAGGCUCCGGCUCCACCCUCCCAGCAUCUGACGUUAGCCUCAACGGGAGCCGCAGCCAACAGCCCAUAACCAGUAGCGAUAUGGAUAUGGAGGUUGACCACUUCACCAACGGAGUGACAGAAUCGUCCUCCAAUGGUUUCCUCAACGGCAGCUCCAAACACGCCACCGAGCCCGACGACUGUGACGCAGACAUGGAGGUGGAGUCAACUCAGUCCAAGAGGCAGCUGUGCGGCGGGAGCCAGGCGGCCAUCGAGAGGAUGAUCCAUUUUGGCAGGGAGCUCCAGAGCAUGAGCGAACACCUCCGCCGCGAGUGUGGCAAGAACUCAGCCAACAAGAAGAUGCUCAAGCUGCAGGAUGCAUUCAGCCUGCUGGCCUACUCGGACCCCUGGAGCAGCCCAGUCGGCUACCAGCUGGACGCCAUUCAGAGAGAGCCGGUGUGCUCCACUCUCAACAGUGCAAUAUUAGAGACUCACAACCUGCCCAAGCAGCCCCCCCUGGCCCAGGCCGUGGGUCAGGCCGCCCAGUGCCUCACCAUCAUGGCACGAACUGGCAGCGGCUCCUGCGCCUUCGCCUCUGUGGACGAUUACCUACACUAGCCCCCCGUGUACACACACAUACAUACACACACACACACACACACACACACACACACACUCUGAGGACCUGUCCAGAAACGUCUCCUUCCGACCUCCUCCAUCAGUGUAGUCCUAUUAGCUGAGGCGCCGCUCCUCUGCACGAUAACAAGUAGUAGAAAGUUAAACCACCUCACUCGCUUCUUGUUC